GCUCUUAGUUUGCUCACCUGGUAACAGGUUCUGGAGUUCGGCACCCAUACUGACGUAACGGGACCGAGAAGGUGCGAGAGGACGCGCCGACCCUACUGCACAGUAAGGGAUCCGGAGGUCGGCCACGUCUCCCGGGCUCCUUCGCGCCGGAGAGGGACACGGACCGCCCUCCCAGUUGUCCCCUCCGCCCACAGAGUCUGAUGGCGGCGGCCGCGUGCAGAGAACGGGCUCAGGGCAGGGUGACCUUUGAAGACGUGGCCGUGUACUUCUCCUGGGAGGAAUGGGGUCUCCUUGAUGAGGCUCAGAGAUGUCUGUACCGGGAUGUGAUGCUGGAGACCUUGGCACUUAUAACCUCCUUGGGCUGUCGUCAUGGAGCAGAGGAAGAGGAGUCCCCUGAGCCCGGUGUUUCUGUCCAAGGAGGGUCACAGGGCAGGACUUCCAAGGUGGCUGUGUCCUCCCAGAAGGCUCAUCCUUGGGAGGCGUGUGGCCCGGACUUGAGAGAACUUUUACAUUCGACUGAGCACCACCCAACGCCUGGUGGACAGAAACUCCACAAGAUGGGGGCGUGUGACCAACAGGUGGAUUUCGAUGCAGACCUUCCGCACCCGCAGCAGCGCACUGGAGAGACCUGCUUCAGGAGCAACAGGGACGGAGCCUCUCCCUGGAAGGACCACACUUUCUGUGUGUCGGGGAAGUCCUUUUCCUGUGGCGAGGUUGUGAGGGACUUGUUGGCGAGCUCGAGAUGCCUCCAGGAUCGGGCCCCGCACACCGGGGAGAAGUCAGACAGGAGAGCUGAGUGUGGGGCGGCCUCUCACGGAAGGAGGACUCAGUGCCGCCGGGGAGAAGGCACCAAGGACCCCACCUGCAGACACACGCUUGUUGGUCACCAGACACACCUCAGCAGAGAAAGAUGCUUCAUGUGCAGUGAAUGUGGGAAAUCUUUUAGCAAAAGCUACAGCCUCAGUGACCACUGGAGAGUGCACACUGGGGAAAAGCCUUAUGAGUGUGGGCAGUGUGGGAAGUCCUUUAGGCAGAGCUCCAGCCUCAUUCAGCACCGGAGGGUUCACACUGGAGCAAGGCCUCACGAGUGUGACGAAUGUGGGAAAUUAUUUAGCAACAAGUCCAACCUCAUUAAACAUCGGAGAAUUCACACUGGAGAACGGCCGUACGAGUGCAGCGAAUGCGGGAAGUCCUUCAGCGAGAGCUCUGCGCUCCUUCAACACCGGAGCGUGCACACUGGAGAGAGGCCUUAUGAGUGCAGCGAAUGUGGAAAGUUCUUUACCUACCACUCCAGCCUCAUAAAACACCAGAGAGUUCACUCAGGAUCAAGGCCCUAUGAGUGCAGCGAAUGCGGAAAAUCCUUUACUCAGAAUUCCAGCCUCAUCGAACACCGUAGAGUUCACAGCGGAGAAAGGCCUUAUAAGUGCAGCGAAUGUGAGAAAUCUUUUAGCCAGAGCUCCGCGCUUCUUCAGCAUCGGAGAGUUCACACUGGAGAGAGGCCGUAUGAGUGCAGUGAAUGUGGGAAGUUCUUUACUUACAGUUCCAGUCUCUUAAAACACCAGAGAGUACACACUGGAUCGAGGCCUUAUGAGUGCCCUGAAUGCGGAAAAUCCUUUACUCAGAACUCUAGCCUCAUUAAACACAGCAGAAUUCACACUGGAGAAAGGCCUUACGAGUGCAGCGAAUGUGGGAAAUCCUUUAGCCAUAGCUCCAGCCUCAUUAAACACCGGAAAGUGCACACUGGGUAAAGGCUUUAGGAGUACAGUGAAGUUGGGAAACAUUUACCCGUGUCUGCCAUUUCAUGGGCCACUUAAAUAGUCACACCAGAAAAAAACGCUUCAUGAGUUUUGCAUGUGGCAAAGUAUUUGCCUUCAAGUCCAAGCUCCUAAAACACCACAGUGUCACAUUAGAAUGUGGCAGAUGGGAGAAGUGGCUAACCGAAAUCUAGGCUCAGUGCAUUUCAGGGAACUCACGCUGAAGAACGGCCUUAGACAUGAGGUGAAUGUGAAAUGCCUUCAGCCAAAGGACUUACCUCAUCGGAGAUCACACAUUUCAAAUGGGAGAACUACCUUAAGUGUGCAGGUGUAUAGCAUUUAUGCGUUCAGUGUGCCAGCGCCGGACAGCCUUUCUGAAGGUGCCAUUUGCCUGUGCUGAACAUAAUACGUUCCAACACCCACAUAAACCCCAGGGGUGUGGCAGCUGCAGUGCACUCUGUUAACCUGCCCAGGGCCAGGCCCCAGUGUCAGGGCACGUCCCAGGUGACCAUGAGCAGCCUGGGUACUUCCUCCUUCCACUUUCCUCUCUGAGGAGGUAGGGCAUGGGUCCCACCCGGUUUUGUCCUAGAGGCAUGUUGGUCUUUUGAAAAGGUGGGCUUCAUGUUUCAGGGCUAUCACUGUCAUCGUGACUCAGGAUGGAAUUUCACAGCCUCCCGAGUCACCGGCCCAGGGGCAGUCAGCCCCCCAAUUCCCUUGCUUCUACAAUAAUAAAGGUCUUACUGUUUGAGUCCCUGUUGA